AUUUAAAUUUCCAUCUCCAUCAAUAUUUAAAUUUUGUUGGAUUUGUUGACACUUAAUCACUCAUUUUAAUAUUUCCGAAAGCAUAUUAUCCCAAAAAUUAUUUUGUGGAAGGCCAUUGCAAGAGUUUAUUUACAAACGAUUUGAAAAAUUAGCCAAGAUAACUAUAAUCUGGAGUUGGAAAUCAUCACAAUUAUUUGAGUAUCGCACCUUAAUUAUCCAGCUUUUAGUGUAGUAAAGUCAGAGCCGCCAUAGAAAUACUAUAUAGUUUUACACUUCAUGUCACUAUACGAAAUAGACAUAUGGAUGUUCCUCUUAAUUUCCAAGAAGGUAAUACAAUGGCCAAAUUGACCAACCAAAAAGGCAAAAAACAUUUUUGCUCAGACGAAGACUUUCAUAUCCAAAGUUGACUGACUUUAUAUGCUUUUCUAUCAUCCUGGCCUGUGAAGUGUGAAGAAUGAGAAGGGGCUGUGUCCAUUGAUCUCAUAUGCUUGUUGAGCAAAUACAAUCUUCUGUCUGGUUCUAAGUUGUUUAGUCACCCAAUAGCAUUACUACCUGAAAUAUGAUUGCAGUCCAACUUUCAGUUACUAUCCUCCUACAUUGCUUUUUCUUAGGUACCAGUAUUGCCAGCCUGCCUGUUCUUGAGGGCAUUGCAGUUUCAUGUGGUUUCUCUGGCAAUGCAACUGCAGUCGAUGGACGUGUUUGGGUUGGAGAUACCGGUUCCGAGUCUUCCAAAUGGCUGCAACUGAGUGGAAAAUCAACCAAGUCAAGCGCUAUCUGCAGUGCUGCUGCCUCAACUGAUGUUCCGUACGAGACUGCUCGGAUAUCUAGCAGUGACUUCACUUAUACAGUGCCUGUAAAGCCCGGUCAGAAGUUCAUCCGUCUUCACUUCAAUCCAACUUCAUACAAGGGAUUCAAGAACUCUAGAGCCUUUUUCACUGUCAGAGCUGGUCCUUACACACUUCUUAGCAACUUCAGUGCUUCAGGAACAGGGCCCUUCAGCAAGGAAUUCUGUAUCAAUGUUGAGGAAAAUCCAGCAUCAAUCAGUAUAACAUUCUCUCCUGUUGAAGGAAAGAGAGGGUCAGCUGACAACUAUGCAUUUGUCAAUGGUAUUGAGGUUGUCUCUAUGCCAGCUGGUCUUUAUUUCACUCCAGAUGGUGGUCUCGGCGCCGUUGUUGUUGGCCAAAAAUACAGGUUCUACAUUGACAACAGCACCGCACUUGAGAUGGUUCGCCGGCUAAACAUCGGUGGAAACUCCAUUCCCUCUGUUGAAGAUGGAAACAUGUUCAGAGAAUGGAGUAAAGAACCCAGUCACAUGCCAGAAACAGGAGGUAAUUUGAUUAAAAAGAUCAUUCCAGUUAAUUACACAUUCACACCAUCAUAUGUUGCACCUAAGAAAGUUUAUCAAACAGCAAGGUCCAUUGCUCUUGAAAAUGAUCUUGACAAGCACAAUCUUACAUGGAACAUACCUUUGGAUGUGGGGUUCAGAUAUUUGGUUAGGCUUCAUUUCUGUGAACUUGAAUUGAGAAUAAGAGAGUGUGGUGAAAGGGAGUUUUCCAUUCUCAUGAACAAUCAAGUUGCCGAGGAGAAUGUUGAUAUGAUCAGGUGGGGAGGAACACACGGAGUUGCAUUCUACAGAGACUAUAUAGUGUUGAUGGAGGGAGAUAGGAUGCAAGGAAUGCGUUAUCUAAAUAUCACCUUCCAGCCAAAGUUCAUUUUAAGCGAAAAGGAAACAGGUGGGAUCCUAAAUGGGCUGGAAAUAUUCAAGUUAAGCAACCCUGAUAACAGUCUUGCCAGCAUGACUCCAACCGAAUAUGUACGCCAUUCAUCAUAUCGGGCACGAGAGCAGAGGAAGAUGCUGUCAUCUGAAAGUAAGAACUAUCUGGCAACCGCAGUAACUAUAGCGAUUACCCUGUUGAACAUUGCCAUGUAUUACAUCAGGUGUCUUUCAGAAAUUGAUUCUGCUUCGAGGAACUCUAGAUCAUCAUCGUAUGAUAGCCAUUGCCGCCAAUUCUCAAUUGCUGAAAUCCGAUCGGCAACCAACAAUUUCAGUCGUGAGCAACUGAUUGGCAGUGGUGGACAGGGAAGGGUGUAUAAAGGAAGCAUUGAUCGAGGAGCUCCUGUAGUGGCAAUCAAGCGGUUGAAAUCGGAGUCUAGGCAAGGAGAUAAAGAAUUCUGGACUGAGAUAAAGAUGCUAUCCAAGCUUCGGCAUGUGCAUCUUGUUCCUUUGAUUGGUUACUGCAACGAUGGUCAAGAAAGAGUGUUGGUCUACGAGUAUAUGACUAAAGGAACUCUUGCCGAUCAUCUUUACAAGAUUGGUAGGCAUGGGGGGAUUAAUCCCCCUCUCUCUUGGGAACAACGGCUUAAGAUCUCCAUUGGUGCUGCCCACGGAUUGUAUUUCCUUCACACAUCUCGCCGAAGGGUAAUCCACCGAGAUGUGAAAAGCUCAAACAUUCUGCUGGAUGAGAACUGGGUGGCAAAGGUUUCAGAUUUUGGCCUCUCAAAAAUGGGAGCGCCUAAUGAGUCAGUCAGCCAUAUCAGCACCAACGUUAAGGGGACAUUUGGCUACAUAGAUCCGGAGUAUUUCUUGACUAAGAAGCUGACAAGAAAAUCGGAUGUGUAUGCUUUCGGAGUUUUGUUAUUUGAAGUCCUUUCUGGUAGGCCAGCAGUGGAUAUCCGUCUUGAAGAGGAGCAACACAGCCUAGCAACCUGGGCAAGAUACUGCAUAAGAAAGGGAAAAGUUGAGAAGCUGGUUGAAAGUAGUCUGAUAGAAGAAAUAUCCCCGGCUUGUUUAAAGGUCUUUGCAGGAAUUGCUGGAAGGUGCUUAGAUACCCACCCUCAUGAACGGCCUGCUAUGGCCGAUAUUGUGGUAAGCCUCGAGUUAGCCUUGGCACUGCAACAAAACCCCAGUUCCGAUGAACAGAUAGAAGAGGACAAUAUAAAUGUUGAAAAAAGUUAUAGUGAUCAAAGUGAUGGCGUUUUCUCAUUCAAUGAUCUCAGUAUUAAUCCAUCCAAUGGUAGAACCGAGCAAAAUGCCAAUGUGGAGGUUUCGGGGACAUCUGAAAGGACUGGAGAACUUGAAAGUGGGCAGCGUUUGAGGAAGAGUAGCAAUGGCAACAAUGCAUCAUCAAGAUGGUGGUGGGAUUGGAUUUUGCCACGAUCGCCUUCAAAACCAAAAGCUCCAACAUUAGUUCUACAAGAAGGGCUCCAUAAGUUUUCAGUUCAAGAGAUCAGGAAGGCGACCAAUGAUUUCCGUAACAGUUUUAUCAUCGGUUCUGGAUAUUCUGACAGCAUCUACAAGGGCUAUAUAGACGGUACUCCACCAGUGAUAGCUGUAAAACGAUCAAGCUCUAGACAGUCCAGGCAUUCAAUGAUCUACGAGCUGCAAACAAAGAUGGAAAUGGGCCAUUCAACAAGACACGCUCAUGUUGUCUCGCUGCUCGGCUAUUGCAGAGAUGAAAAUGAAAUGAUCCUCAUCUACGAUUCUAUGUCCAACGGGAGCCUUCAUGAUCAUUUAUCUGAUCCUAACAAGGAUCCUCUCCCAUGGAAGCGGAGACUUCAAAUCUGCAUUGACAUUGCUAAAGGAAUGUCACAUCUUCAUUCCACAAUUAAGCACAGUAAUCUCCACUGCAAAUUGAGGUCGACCAACAUUGUAUUAGAUGAGAACUGGGUUGCCAGGAUUUCAGAUUUCUGUAUAUCAGGAAGGCAACAAGUCAACGAUGCCCCUGGGAGCGUGGGAUUCAUGGACUCGGACUACAUACGUGAUGAUCAAACAACAGAAAAAUCUUAUGUAUUCUCGUUGGGGUUGAUGUUAUUUGAGGUACUGUGUGCCACCAAAAAUUCAACCCGCUGGUUGGAUGAAGGGCAAGUGAGCCUGGCGCAAUGGAUAAGAUCUGAAUUAAGGAAUAACCUCUCCGGCUGUAUCGAUCCAUAUCUUACAGGUAAGAAAAUAUCAUCUGAAAGCAUCAAGAUAUUCAUAGACACAGCUGGGAAAUGCCUGCUGGAAUGCGCCACUGAACGACCGUCAAUGAGUGACAUAGUGUCAAGUCUUGAAGCAGCACUGAAGCAGCAAGAGGGUGCAGAAGAUACCAAGGGCUAUAUAUUAAGCCAAAUCAGUUGACUAAGGCCUAAUGCAAAAGAGUAAUGAAUUAUUUACUGUACUUUGUUAAAUGUGAUUUUAGGGAUCUGAUUAGAUUAGUUUUGAUUUGAUCUUAUCCAGUAGUUAAUGCAAUUGAUAGGAUAGGAGUCAAUAUUCUUGUAUAAAUAUACCAGUGUAUCAAUUCAAUAAGACACAUAAUUUCGCACGAUCCUCUGAU